UAGUGGUCUUGCAUCAGAGCGAGAAACUCAUACGCCAUUCUGUAAAUGGCGUUGUCUUCUUCAUUCACAUUCAUUGAUUGACUGACGGAAUUCGACGAGUUUGACAAUUUGUUAUUGUUUCGCUAUUUGCUAUCGGUGCAGUGAAGCAUGGUUUUUCAAUUCACAAAUAUUCUAUUUAGUUAACACUAUUUCUCUAGGUUUCUCUUCCACAAACUUCAUAUACCUUCCAAAAUGAAUGCUUUAUUAGGUUACGGUUCAUCCUCAAGUGAUUCCGAGGAAGAAAACACAGAGAAUGAAAAGUCCCAAAGCGAAAGUACAAAGCCCAAAUUACCAAAGCCAACGAUCGGGGAAAGUAGCCUACAAACUUCUGUUUUUUCCAAUCCAUUCGUGGAAGCAGAAUUGGCAAAGGCUGCAAUACUUGAAAAGCAUGUUAAAAUGGUUCCAGGUAAAGACAACACACAGAUGAUAAAUGGCAAAAGGAUAUGCUGGAACUAUCGGAAGGGUCGCUGUCGUUUUGGACACAACUGUAAAUAUGCCCAUGAUACUGACAUACAGAAGUCUAAUGAUGAGAUUGAAGCAGAAAAACAGAAACUGAAGUCAGUAGUAUGUGAAGGAGCUGGAACAAUGACUGCAGCUCCACCCCCUAUAGCCGUCCUUGAGUCCGUUCUGCCCACAGAUGAUGCUGUCUGGGAAGGAGCUACAGACAAAAAGAAACUCAAACGACCAGGGUUAAGCCAGACAUUAGUACCUGGCAAAAAAGUUAUUAAAAUGUAUAAAGAACAGAAAAUCAAAGAUGUUAAUAAAAACUAAACAAUAACAUGUGUCAAGGCUGCUGUAUUUGUGGCAUGGUUGAAAUUAGAAACUUUGUUUUGCAUUCAGAGCAAAUUGUUAAAAAGUUGUUCCAUGUUGUUAUUGCCUGCUAAAUGCGAUCUUGGAGCGAUGCUCAAGGAAAUUCUUCUAGAACAUUAUAAACCUAAGACACAAACUGACCUUUUAAAAUAAAUGUUGUUGCCUUAUCCCUAAAGUUGUUUCACUAGGUACUCUAGAUUUGGACAUCCUUGAGAUUUGCUCAAAAUGGUUGUGACACCAUCCCCUCUCAUGUUGUGAAAUUUACAUUUAACCAUGAUGCAUUCACAGCAAUCUUUCUUUUACUUCCACUUUAAGCUUUAUCUUGCAUUCCACAGCCAUGUAUAAUAUUUACCAAAACACUAAUGUUCAAUUUCUUUUGUUAAAAUAAAUAUCGUAG